CCAAAUCAGUUUAGAAUCUGUUUUGUUUCAAUGGCACACAUUCACUAAAGAAAUUCCUUCCUCUUGAAGCAUUCAUAGGAUUUCAAAAUGAAAAAACUUAUGAGCCGAACCACCAAAAAUGUCCUUGUGGUUUCUUUUGGAUUUUUGUUCUUAUUCACAGCAUAUGGAGGGCUGCAGAGUUUACAGAGCAGUCUCAAUGCUGAGGAAGGAAUGGGCGUUAUAUCGCUCAGUGUCAUCUAUGGAGCCAUUAUUUUGUCCUCAAUGUUUCUGCCUCCAAUAAUGAUCAAAAAUCUGGGCUGUAAAUGGACUAUCGUCAUUUCUAUGGGUUGCUAUGUGGCAUAUUCCUUUGGAAACCUUGCGCCAGGCUGGGCAAGUCUGAUGACCACCUCUGCCAUUCUGGGUAUGGGAGGUUCACCGCUGUGGUCUGCAAAAUGCACCUAUCUCACAAUAAGUGGAAACAGGCAUAGCCAGAAAGCCAACAAGAAAGGCCAGGAUCUCAUAAACCAAUAUUUUGGCAUCUUUUUCUUCAUUUUUCAAUCUUCUGCGGUAUGGGGAAACCUUAUGUCAUCUCUCAUAUUUGGCCAGGACUCUAACAUAGCCGAAAUCCCUGAGGAGAACCUGAAGCUCUGUGGUGUGGCAGCAUGCCUUGACAAUUUCACCGCCGUUGGAAACACAACCCGUCCAGCAAAACACUUAGUGAACACACUACUAGGCUGCUACAUUGGUGUGGGGGUUCUGGCCAUGAUUUUUGUGGCAAUAUUCUUGGACGACAUAGACAGAGAUCUGGCCAGAGAAUUUCGGAAGACCAAGGGCAACGUAUCAUUUUGCAGCACCUUUCUGGCUACCUUCAAGCUCUUGAGAGAUCCCAGAUUGUUGUUGCUCAUCCCAUUGACCAUGUACAGUGGGUUCGAGCAAAGCUUCCUCUCUGGCGAAUACACAAAGAACUAUGUGACUUGUGCGUUAGGAAUACAUUACGUUGGCUUUGUGAUGAUCUGCUUCGGUGCUGCUAACUCUCUGUGCUCAUUUGCAUUUGGGAGACUGGCUGAAUACACUGGAAGAAUCGCCCUCUUUUGCUUGGCUGCACUGACAAACCUGGGCUGUUUUGUGGGUCUUUUGUACUGGGAGCCUCAUCCAGACCAGCUGCCUGUGUUCUUUGUGUUUCCGGCCCUCUGGGGAUUGGCAGACGCUGUGUGGCAAACACAAACCAAUGCACUUUAUGGCGUUCUCUUUGCUGAGAACAAAGAAGCUGCAUUUGCCAACUACCGCAUGUGGGAGUCACUUGGUUUUGUGAUAGCCUUUGCUUACAGCACAUUCAUCUGCCUGUCCACCAAGAUCUACAUUGCUUUGGCUGUUCUGGCCCUUACCAUGGUAACUUACCUUUACGUUGAGUACAACGAGUACAAGCAUCCAACUCCACCAGUGACUGACGACUACAGUAAACCAGAAAAGGCCGACCACACAGAAUUGAAUGAAAAAGACAUUAUUUCCCAGACAAAAUUGUAAAUUUUGGUUGUUAUCUCUGCCUCAGUAUGUAAAAUGUUGACUUUUCAGAGAUUAUUUUUACAGUAUUUUUAAGAAGUGUUGAAAAAGAUUCUGUUUUUGAUGUAGCAUAUAAAUAUUUUGAUAAAUCUUCUUUAUAACUGUACAAAGGCAAAUAAUUUUUUUUCAGUAUUUAAAUACUUUUUUCUUUUACCUUAUAUUUACAAUAAGUGCAACAGAUAUAAAUGCUCAUAAAUGUGAACACGUCAGGUUAACAUUUGGCACUCAAAGUGUUUGGUAGAUUAGGAGAUCAUAUAAAAAAUAACAACAUAAAGUAGGCUUGUUUCACUCAUUUUGGGAUUGAUGUCUAUAUUGAGUAAAUCAGCUGGGGGGGUUUUUCUCAAUAAAACAUGACUUUGAUCUUUGACACCAAGGUGAUGCCGGUGUAAUUCAAAGUCUGGUGUUGUAUCACAUGCCAAAUCUACAUGAAUGAAAAUCAUAGGGUAGGAUCCAGAUAAUAAAAUGUGUAAAUGAGAACAUAAAAAAUAAAUAAUGUAUAAAAUAAGAUAAUAAUCUUACUGUAACAUCAUAUAAUACAAUUUCCAGACAGAGCAUUAAUCCCUCAGUAUCACUGAAGUGACAAAAACAAGACAGAAUGUGUGUAAAAUUAGGAGUAAUAAAAUUUAUUUUACACAUGCACAAGAUUAUGAUUAUCAUGCAAGACAAUCUUUACAGCUUUUAUCAGCAAUGUUCUAAAGGGCAUUUCUGCAUAGAGGAUCUUCCUGAGAUACUUGUAUAGAUAGUCUGAGUGAGUCAUCAUGAAAAUGAAGAAUCAUUUGCAGAUUAAACUCUUCCUGAAGCUCAAAUGGUGUUUCAAAAUUUGUAUGCAUUAUAGCAUUGGCUAUUACUGUUAUUAAAGGCAGAAUGCUGAAAAUGAGAAGUGAAACAAUGUAACAAUGAAUCAA